AUGAAAAAAAUCUUAUCAAUCAUCUCAAUCGCAUCUUUAGCUCUUGUCUAACACUCAAACGCUCUCUAUGGUAAAAUACAGAAUAUUUCAAUAAUAAAAUUAGAAAGCAAUUUGAUUGAUUGUAGAAAAUAACUAUUCAAAGAUUACUGUUGGAAUGCUAAUACAUUUGUGCCAGUUCAAGGAGUAUAAUCAAUUUAAAGCUCACCUUCUGCUGGAAUAGACAGAUAUAACCCAAUUAAUGUUUAACAAUUAAGACUCUAAGAUGAAUUACAACUGGAAAAGACUGGAUUUAAGCCAUAAUAUAUACAAAAGAAAAUCAAGACUAUUCUUAGUGACGAAGUUGACCCUCUAUUUAAGAAUUCCCAGUAGCACAGUAUGGGAAAAGUAUUUAUGAGAGGAGGACCUCUUAAUUAUGUAGAUAUGCUAGAAUUACAAGUUUAAAAACCUCAACUACUAAAUUACUGGAAGAAAAACCACCAAUCAAUGAUUUAAUAAUCUCCACUAGUUUAUGACCCACUAUUUGGAACAUUUUCCUCAUACGAAGAUUACAAUUUAAAAGUUUAGGAAAGUGAAAACUCUCAUAAUAAAAGAUUUUUAUAUCCACUUGAUUACCCAUUUUGA